GAAGUUCUGCAGCAAGUACCUGAUUGUACACAAAAUAUCAAAGUGCUAGACAGUAAAUAAUUGUUAAACUUUUAAAACCGUAAAUAAAAUAAAUUUAAAAUGACUGAGUGUUCAAUUGGGGUUCAGUUCAAUGAUUUUUUAUUAAUCGCAGCUGAUAUGACCACUGCACAGUCAAUUAUGGUCAUGAAAAACGAUGAAAAUAAAAUCUACAAGAUCUCUGAUAAAUUGGUGAUGGCCGUAAUUGGAGAGCAAGGAGAUUCAACUCAAUUUUCCGAGUACAUCGGCAAGAAUAUUCAGCUCUACAAAAUGCGCAAUGGCUACGAAUUAUCACCAAAAGCUGCCGCAAAUUUCACACGUAGAAAACUAGCUGAUUAUUUACGUUCCCGUACUCCAUAUUUCGUAAAUUUGUUGAUGGCCGGUUAUGACAACGAAACUGGACCCGAGCUGUACUUCAUUGAUUACUUGGCGUCUUGUGUCAAAGCUCCUUUUGCUUGUCACGGUUACGGUGGUUUCUUUUCGCUGACUAUUCUCGACAGAUAUCAUCGUCCAGACAUGACUGAAGAGGAAGCUUAUGAUUUAUUGAAAAAAUGUGUCGCCGAAGUCCACAAGCGUCUGAUUGUCAACCUGCCCAACUUCAAAGUUCAAAAAAUAACUAAAGACGGUGUCGUUGACUUGCCGCCAAUUACCGCCCAGAAUUUGGCCGUCGAAGCUGCAGCCAGGGGUUAAAUAAUUCAGUUAUUUAUUUCUUCACUCGCCUCCCUAUUAAUUAAAUAUUCUUACUUAUCUAAUGUACGGAUACAAGAAUUUAAAUGAAUAAAACUACUUUAUACAUUAUUUUAAA